AUGGAAGAUGUUCGCUCUAUGAAUCGUUCUCUUUGUUGUGUUUCUGAUGUUUUCGUGAGGUGGAUCCUGUGGUUCAACGGCGAAGGCGAGCAAAAUGAAAGCAGUACAAUUGUGUGCGAUGAUUUGAAAGAUGUGAAUUUGUCGGAUAUCAAGGGUACAAGUCUUUCAUCCGAAUUUGAAAUCGCCGACUACGAUACCAUCAAUGAUUCUCUGCAUGUUUUUCGAUCGGAGGUCGAAGGGUGUUCAAGCGAUCAUCAUAGGUGCAGGUAUCGCACAAUUAAGAUCCAUGUCGCAAAAUCAUUGUUCAUGAAGGUGGUACACCUGACAGCAGUUAGCGAUGCUAAGUUCCCUGACAUGGAACUUUACGCUGUUAUUCGUCAUCUUUGGUUGAUUAUACGUAACAAAUCGCCAUUUCUACGUGUGUUUGCGCAGCAGCUCUUGAAUGAUCAUGAGUUAAAUAACAGGCUUGAAGCAGUGCAUCGAGAAGUGGAGCUCAACGCAAAUCAACAAACUACCCAUCGAAAAGAGGCAUUCUUUUACGAUAAGUUACGGGAUGUGGUGCUCGAAAUGAGUAACUCUAUAAGCCUGUCUGUUUCGGAUCAGUUUGGUAGUGCAGCAAUAGCAUCUUGUAAUAGUAAGGCUAAACCGCUUGUGUGUGCUAGCUUGCAGCAUAUAGAUCGCUUUUUCAAGCCGCGGUAUAUGCGUAUGGAUGGCUAUUUCUUGAUCAAUAAUCACGAUUGCUUGUGCAGAGUUUAUGAAGACCUAUCCUCAGGUUUUGGAUUAACGGUUGAUGUCGAUUUUUCAGAUGUUUUCUAUGAUGUGCAAAAGAAUCAUUCAGACAAAAUGGUUUCUAUCAAAAUUAUUGCUGAGAAGCUUAGCAAAACGUUCAACUUUCGGUUUUUUACGUUUGACUGUCUUGAAGUAUGCAUUCUCCGACUAGCAGGAGUUCUGGAGGGCCUAAGAUUCGGUAACGUGCAGGAUAAGCAGAUGCAUAUUUACUACAGAGAAAGUGUUUUUAGCAGUGACAUGGAAAUGCCAUCGAAUUUAAAGGUAUUAUCGAUUGUUGAAUCCAAAAUUUCCUGCAACCUGAUUCUGCCAAAUUCACUUGAAGCGAUUACCCUGGAGAAGGUUGAAAUCGCUGAAAAUUAUGAACUAAGAGUAGCAGAUGCUUGCAAACGGAUCAGCAUCAUUGGAAACGCAGGUCGUGUUCGCAUUCCCUAUGUCGAUAGAAUAUUUAAAUCCCGAUUCUAUCGCUAUUCGACGGUUGAGUUGCUGCGAAGCGACAAUGUUAUUGAGAAACUAACGGUGAUAGAUGCUACGCUGCCGGAUUGUAAAAUCGAAGUGCCAGAGAACAUACGGGAGAUAACGUUAAAGAGAAUCCGAAUGGAUGGUAAACGUCCUAUGAUACUGCCAAAAAAUAUCAAAAAGAUCACAAUCGAAGACUUUAAAGGCAACAUACGUGUUCAUGGUUUAACAUUUGACAUUCCAUUGAUGUGCAUGCUCUCUGCCGGAUCAUUCUGCUGCAGCAAAACAAUAGAAAACGAAGAGCUGUUUGAAAUAUCGAUUUCAAAAGCGUAUAUAUCUCGUUCUAUAUGCUUUUUGCCUGGUGUGUCCACGGUGAACAUGUCACGUGUUUACAUUAACACCGACGAUCUCCUUAACCUGAACAGAAAUAUCAAAGAAGUUUCUCUACACAACUGUGCUAGUGGUAGGAUAUGCUUUGAAAGCAUGCCGUAUUUCCAUCAGAUUUUGUUAGGAUUUGGAUGUGUUCCUCCUUCGGUUCUAAGUAUGUUUCAUUUUGUGAUGCCAGGACAAAAUUUCCGUUUCAGCAGGUUGAAUGGCAAAGAAACUUAUCGCUUGUUUAUAUCCGACUUCAAAAUAAGAGAAACGACACAGUUUGGACCAGAAGUAGAAGAAUUCGAGUUUCAUGACGUCAUCGUAUCAAGUUCAGACUACGUUGCCAUUGAUAGGAGCUUCAAAAAACUUGCAUUGAAUGGCUGUGAAGGACGGUUUAAAAUCCCCGGCAUCUUCUCCGAUAGCGAAUCUCGUACCAUUGAAAUGAAAAUCGGUGUUAAUCGUUUAGUAAUUGCCAAAACAGCAGAAGAUAGCUACGAUGUUCUCGUAUGCUUCUGCUCGUUCAGAAAAUUAACUAUUGAGAUGAACAUAGCAACUGCUGAAUUCUAUGAUACCACAGUAAUUGAUUCACUGCUUAUUACCGGCCAGCGGUGCGAGAAUUUGAUCUUGGAUCAAUUUACAGGACCAAUUUCUAUUCCGAAUGUUACGUCAUUCAAGAAGAUAGAACUGUCUCGUCUCGAGCAAUUGGAUAUGUCAUCUAACGCGUGCACUUUACUUGAUAAGUCUGAGGCCAUGCACUUUACUUCGUGCAACGAUCCAAUGUCUUCUUCGAAUGCCAGAAGAACAAGUCCGGAAUUUGGUGAGUCGGCUGCCAGUACAAACAUUUCAGCAGUGUUGAGUGACCGCUGUGCAGAUAUUUGCGUGUUGAAGUGCAGCAUUCCGAUUAAUAUUACCGGCGUUCUAAGGAAUGCUGCCACAAAUAUGUCACCAUUGCGCGUUAUGCCUACAGACGAGUUCGAGUUGGUCAGCUCUUCUCCCGAAAACCUUACCAAGUUGGAACUUGUUGGUAACCGCAUUCACGGUAUGUGGCGAGUCGAGAAAGACGUGAGCUUUCUGUCUCUUUCCAAAGUUUCUUCCGAAGAAGGCUCAGCAUUAUACUUAAACGACGGUUUGGAGAGCAUCCGAGUACAUUGUUCACAAUUAAGCAUCGAUGCCACAAAUGCCAAAAAUCUUAGGGCAAUAACACUGAUCAAUGCAACCUCGCUCGUUUACAAUCCCUCAAUACAUGUUUCAUUGUCGUAUUUGAGCGUUCAGGAAAUGACCGUUAGUUGCAAUGUUGAUCUUACGCCUUGCCUCCACACUUUUAUGUUAACGCGCAGCACUCUUACACCAGGUUUUGUCAUCAGAGUUAAUGAACAUAUCUCCCAUCUUUCUAUUUCCAAAUUCAUAGGUGUGAUUGACAUGUCGGGCGUUGCUGGGCUAGGAGAGAUGAAAAUGAAUGAUCAACAUGAACUGUAUUUUGAUAGGCGGGCAGUUGGUAAAGACGGCGGUUCUUUGCAUAUUGUGAAUUGCGAGUUUGAAAAAGAUGUGACAUUCCCUGACGAUCUGAAAAAUAUUCGCCUAAAAUGUAUUAGGACAGCACCCGGUGUUAGCCUAACGCUUGGCCAAGGAUGUGAAUGCUUAAAACUGAACUCUUCGACUGCUAGUGUCGACUUCUCACGAGCGUUACGUCUUAAGAAAAUAAUAUUGAAGAAAAUGUCACUUCAUGUUCUUAAGAGCCUUCUUGCCAAAUCAACUACGAUUGAAAUCUUGGUGUUGCAAGACAUGACCAUAGAGGAACAGGUUGUGUUUCCCAGUAAUUUGCGCACCAUCGUGUUACAGGAUGUGCGAGUGGUGGUUUGCUCUCAACUUAGUUUUAAUCAGGAAUGCAUCGAAGUUUGUUUUUGUCGUUGUAUAGGAACGUACGAUUUAUCCAAAAUUGAAAAGCUUGAAGUUUUAAGUUUGACUCCCGAGCUGAAUAAUAAGUCAAUGUUUAGGAUGAAGCUCCCGUCACUGAAAAGUCUUCGAAAAUUGGACGUUGCUUACAAUCUGAACAAUGAUUGCCUCACUUCCGAUCUGUUUAAAAGCACCAGUUUGGAAAGUUUAACCAUUCGCAGUCUGAAUUAUUCGAAAAAGCAUAGCCGGUAUCCGCUUUUAUCGUUUGUCAUACACGAUCUUUAUGACUUUUCUGGCAAAAAUCCGUGGUCUGCACGCAAGCUUGCCAGGUACCAACUUGGGCCUGGAAGGUUCCAGAUGCACAAUGCCAAUCUUUUGAAUUUAAAAAUGGACAUUGCUAUGAGCGAGAUUUUUACUUUUGGCCUUAGGAAUAAGUUAAAAUACCUAAACUUGGUUGGAUGUGGCUUGGAUGAAGAAAAUAUAAAAGCGUUGAAGGAGUUCGCAAGUUUGCAGGUCCUGGUUAUUGAUUGUGCAUUUUUUGGUAAAGAGUUAGUCGAAAACAUUCCGAAUCAGCUUGAAACACUUGAAGUAGUUAACAGAAAGAUUUUUGAUAGCUUAUGUGAGAAUCGGUGUAAGAUGAGUUCGGAAACUUUUGGAGCAUUGAGAGAAUGUGAAAGUAUACGACACUUAGUGUUCACCGGAUGCAUCGCUAAAUGCGAACGUAUUUUCAGUUGCUUGCCGCUAAAUCUUGAGUCUCUAAAAAUUGCGAACUUUUGUGCCGAAGACAUUGAACUUCCGGCAGUGAACGGAAAGAAAAUCGUUAUUAAGCGACUGACUCUUGUACUUGAUGAUCCGGACUGUUAUCCGCCGGUGUUGAUUGAUAACAACCCUAUGAAGAGGCAAUAUUACGAAGUCUUUGAUUGUCUGAGGGAUGUUAUUGAAUUUAACGAGUUGGUGGAUUUGAUGUUGGAGGCAUCAGGGAGGUGUGUAAGUCUCGACAAAGAGACGUACCGAAUUAAGUAA